UAGCGUCGUGUAAGACACUAGCAAAUUUGUGUGGCCAACUGAUGGAGCCGUAAAUCCACGCAAGGGCUGCCCCACGGACGAACAACGACGACAGCCGACGCCCGGACGCCCCGCGACGCCGCCGCCGAGCGAUGAGCCUCGGCAGCUUACCAAGAGACGCCCUCGACGCCCUGGAGACCAUCGCCUCGAACCUGCAGAGGGAGCCGCACAAUGCAAAGUUCCGCACGCUACGAUUAAGUAAUGCGGCGGUGCAGCGUCGAUUAGGGUCCCACGCCGCGCGCGCGGCGCUCGCGGGUUUGGGCUUUGUUAAAAGAGACGACGCGAUGACUCUGGAGACGAUCGACAUGCGUGCCGUGGAGCGCACGCUCGCCGCCGUAAAGGCGGCCAAAAAUACUGAAGGUAUCACUUGGAACGUCGUCGACACGACGAUGCCGUCGCCGCCACCAAAACAAGCUUGGGGUACACAACGAUCGCCGUCCCCGAAAAAGCCGCCAAAGCCACGCGCACCCUUGGAUGCUGAAAGAAAUAGGGUCACGCGGCCCAAUACAAGCUGGGACGACGUCGUCGGUCUCGGUCAGGUGAAGACGGAGCUCCAGCAAAUAGCGAGAGAAAUGCAAGGAGGCCCGCGCUGGGAGGACCGCUUGAUACUGUUAUAUGGCCCGCCGGGCUGCGGCAAGGGUUUGCUGGCGGCGUGUCUGGCCACGGAGUGGGGCCGCGGCGAUUUGGUGACCGUGCACGGGGCCGAGCUACGAAGCGAGUUUUCCAGAAGCAAAUCAGAAGCCAAGCGCUUCUACGACCGAGCGAGGUCGUUGGCGCCUUGCGUGUUGUUAGUAAGGGGUCUGGAGCUGAACGACUGCGGCGACGCGUUGAUGGACCUGAAGGGUCCGGAUGACCGCGUGAUUGUUAUUGUGACAUGCUCCGUGCUCCCUACGACGCCAUCGCGGCGGCGCCGCGCGUUACGAUCGCGAGCCACUGAAGGGUUAGCGGCCUUCGACCAGCUGCUGAACGUGCCGAUGCCUUCUUCUUUUGAACGAUCAAGGUUGGUCGCGAGUUGUCUAUCAAGGUCGUCGGGCUCUGAUAGUCCGGCGCCGCCAUACGAUAUAGAUGUGGACGACCUCGCGGGGCAGAUGCUCGGGUUUGCACCCAGGGCUGUAGUAAGGGUGGUGGACGCGGCGCGUCGAAAUGCGAGUCGUCGGAAGCCGCGGGCUUCUGUCCUGGAGUCCGAUUUUGACAUGGUAUUGGACGCCGUGCCCUCCCUGGACACGCUCGCGCCGAACCGCGAGGCGUCGGACGGUUUGGUUUGUGACUGGGGCGACGCGUUGGCGUGGCGCGCGAUCACGCCGGCGGCCGAGCGAGCUUUGCGGGCGGCCGACGGCGACGAGUCGGAGGCCACGCCUGUCAAGCGGGGUAUUCGGUGACGGUAAUGAAUAUGUUUGUAUAGCGGCGAUGGCGUG